AUGUCGAACACAAGCUUCAUGUCCAAUGUCUCGGGGGAGCAACAUUUCUGUCCCCUGCUGCAGCUAAUGCAGCAGCACGCCUUCAACAAUCACACCAAGAGCAACUGGAUCGUCGUUUGCUUCCACGGCCUGGUCUCCUGCCUCGGGAUUUUGGAGAACGCCCUGAUCCUUUGGGUGGUGGGUUUCCGUCUGCGGCGUCGGACCGUGGCCUCUGUCUGGGUGCUCAAUCUGGCCAUGUCUGACUUCCUGGCCACCCUGACACUUCCUUUCUUCACCCUCUACCUUGGCUCCUCCCACAGUUGGGAGCUCGGCAACGUCCUCUGCAAAAUACAAGCCUCCAUCUUUUUUUUGAACAUGUUUGUAUCUGCCUUCCUGCUGGCAGCCAUAUCACUGGACCGCUGCAUUCUGGUCACCAAACCGGUGUGGUGUCAGAAUCAUCGAUCGGUGGCCCAAGCGUGGAAGGUGUGCUUGCUGGCUUGGCUGUGGGCAGGGAUCAAUACAUUUCCUUACUUCCUGUUUCGCUCAGUGACUGAGACUGUGGAUAAAAGAAAACUGUGCUAUCAUAAUUUUGCUCUGUAUCUAACAUCUGAAGCCACACUCGAGAGAGACUGCGAAGUGAGGCAAAUAGCCACAGCCAUCUCAAAGCUGUUGCUGGCCUUCCUGUUUCCCCUGGUGGUGAUUGCGGGGAGCUACAUCCAAAUGUGUCUCACCCUGAGAAACAGGAGACAGAGGAGGAUGCAGCAGAGCAUCAAAUUAAAUGAGGCAUUGAUUGGAUCGAACAAUAAUGAGGCAUCAGGAACUGCAACUUUGUCAACUAAUAUUUCAUUAAAGCGUCUUGCUUUUGGCCGAUCAAUGUCCCUGAUACCCGCAUCUUUGUCCCCAAACUCCUCCUUUAGUGUCAACAAUCACAACCAGCUGUCACACAGCUUCACCAAGAUGGUAACAGUCGUGAUUGCGGUAUUUGCCCUGUGCUGGGCUCCCUAUCACAUCUUCUGCAUGAUUGAGGUGUCAGCCCUGUAUGAUAAGGAAAACCUCAGAGUGGUGGAGGUGGGGUUGCAUCUCGCCACAACUUUUGCAUUCUUGAAUCCAGUGCUGAACCCCAUUCUGUACGCCUUUAGCUGCCCAGACUUUUGCGUGAGAAUAAGACAAAGCCUGGGAGCUGUCUUUGAUGGACUAGUAGAGGAGGGAGGAGGAAAGCGAUUGGCUCCAGCAAGGAGUAUACGAUCUCAUACGAGGCCCAAAAACGGUCGACCUGCCUGCUUUCGAUCACCAAAGACUCAACACUCCCCAAAGACUUUAGCUGUCCCCACACCAGUCUUUGCUACCGCUGAUCAUUUAUAGAGCAUCGAGGAGGAUCUGACUGUGAAUCAAACACUUGUUACUUCAUGUCUGAUUUGGUGAAAGGCUUUAGACAUCUGUUUCACGAAGGAGCGUCAUCACCAAUUGACACAUCUGUUCUGUCUGUACAGCACAAGUAUUAAA